UUUUCUCUCUCUCUCGCGCUCCCGCUCUCUCUCUCUCUCUCUCUCAUCCAUUCCCCUUUUUUACUUCUUCAGUCCAGACUUCAUCGUUUCUUGUUGAUUUUGAGUCACAAUCUGUGAAUCCUUGGAGCCACAAUGAAGAGAAAGAGUUGCAGUCCUUGCGACUCUCUCGAGAGCUUCUUUGAUGAUAAUGAAUUGGAGGUUUCUGAAAUCCUGAUCCAAAUUCCCCUCAUCAUCUUCCAAGCUGAGAAUCGCAAUCGUCUUUUAGUCCCAUGGGGCGUUAGGAAGAGAAGAUCUGCCAUUGAUCCUGACUUAUAUCAGCCUUCUGUUCCUUCAUCGUCGUCGCCUCAUCUUCCCGGGACUUGUGUGGGUCCGACUUGUGACGAUGAUGAUCCUCAAGCGAAGGUCGAACCUUCCAGCCCUGCCACGCCUCUCUCCUUCUCCCCCAGCGAAACUGAUGGCAAGUCUAAGCGCUCUAAGAAGUGUGUUUCAUCUAAAAAGAAGAAGGAAAAUUUGUUGAAGAUGGUUGAGGAUUUGACUCAUCAGAAGGAGUCGCUAAUGACGGAAAUUGAGAAUGUCGAGCGGUUCUACAAGCAGUUGAAAGCUCUCAACUCAGAAUUAAAGGCAAAAAAACAACAGUUGAAUCUUGAUACGGCAAUCGCCGAAGCCAGAGUGGAGAGCAGAGAGCAAGACUAUCAUCAACAGCCACUGCCACUCCUCCUUCACGACUCUGCCCCAGCCAGUGCUUUGGUGGCCAACCCUAUGGGCCCACGUGUUAUACCUGAUCUUAACGUCUCCCCGGAGGAGACUCUUGGACCGGAACUAGUUGCGUCGUUGGAUCUCAACCUCAGUAUUGCUCUGAACGCUGAUACCACACAACUGAAUAGGGCUGCAGCUGCUCAGGCCAGGAAGAAGAGGCUUCAAAUUUACAAAGUGAAGAAACCCAAAGGCGGUUCAAGUCCCUCUAUCCUCUCUUUUGGUUAGCGGUUCAAAAUUGGUUCAUCUCUUCAAUGGAAGUUUUAUUUUCUUGGAAUUUUUAUGAUGGAUCCAAUCUCUGAUACCAUAGAUAUACCUUUGUUGUCAUAUUUCAUCUCUUCAACAAAUUUAGUAAUAAGCAGGGUACAAAUCAAUUUUUUGAUGUUAUAAUUCUUGAAUGUACAGUGACUGUCGCAAUGCAACAAUUGUAAACUUCUUUUACCAUUCAAUUAUUAAUUUUGGUGUUGCUCUGC